AUGAUAAACUACAAUCCAGAUACAAAUAUUUCUGAAUCAGAACAAGCAAAAUGGAUACUAAGCAGGGCAGUAUCAUCACAUAUAUGUGGUGAUAUAUCGAAAUUUGCUGAUUUUGAAGCUGAAACGAAAGAUAACUAUAUUCAUGGUCUUUCAAAUCAGUACAAGAUUCAUGGCCAUGGUACUGUAGAGGUUCCAGGAUUCACAUUAAAUGAAGUGGUGUAUAUACCAGAUGCAAAUGUAAAUUUACUAUCAAUUAAAAAGUUAAGUUCUGAUAAUAAUGUUACAUUUUUGUUUGAUGAUAGACAUGCAUAUGUAAUGUUUUAUGAUCGUAAGAAGAAGAAAGUUGGGACUUUUAGAAGAAAUCUAUGUUAUUUGGAUUUAAAUUAA